AUGGCCACCGAGGACACCAACCUCGCCGCCUGGCAGAUGGAGAAGAUGGCUCCUUUCACAAUUAAGGAGGCAGAGCUCUGGGAGCCCGGCGAGAACGAAGUCCGCAUUAAAGUCCGAGCCGCCGCAAUCCAACCCGCCGAGGGCAAGAUCGCCCACCAGGCCAUCUUACCCCUAACCUACCCAGCUAUCCUAGGCUCAACCUGCGCCGGCACGGUCGAUGCACUAGGCGCCAACGUGACGAAAGUCUCCGUCGGUGACCGCGUGAGCGGCGGCCUGGCCAACUACGCACGGCGCGGCGACCCAGCCCACGCGUCGCUGCAGCGCUACACUCUCGCUGACGUGAGCGAAGUGGUAGAUAUCGGCCCUGACUUGGCCUUCGCGAAUGCUGUCGCGGCGAACAGCAUGACCCCUGCGGCGAGUCUGUUCAAAUUCCUCGGCAUGCAGUAUCCGGGGAAGGGUGACGAUGCAGAGCACCGUGGGGGACAGAAGUUGUUGAUUUGGGGCGGGAGCAGUGCGAUGGGCGUGCUGAGCGUGCGCUACGCCAAGCUAGCGGGCUAUACCGUUGUCACGACGGCGUCGAAGCACAACCACGCCAUGCUGAAGGAGGCCGGCGCAGACGUGGUCCUAGACCGCAACGACCCGCAGAUCUUGGAGUCGUUGAAAGCAGAGCUGCCGGUUGAUUUCUGGUUUGACACCAUUGCACUCCCGGACACAGUCGAGCUGCUAUACAAACUGGCCGAGGCGCAGCGGCGGUCGACAGGGAAGGACGUCCACAUCGUGACGCUGCUGCCGGCAACUUCACCGGGCUAUCCCGCGUCGCCUGAAGGGGUCACGACGCAGAUGAUGCUGUUUCGGGGUGGACUCGAAGAGAACAAGUCGCACGUCGCGUGGCUGAUGGGCAAAGGGGGUUUUUUGGAGACGGGAAUGAAGAACGGCUCGAUCAGGGGCGUGCCGGCGGAAGUGGUCGGUGGGCUUGACGCCGUGCAGAAAGCGACCGAGACCAUCGUGAAGGGUGUCAGUGCGAAGAAAUUGAUCAUUGAUCCGUGGCUGUAA